AUGCCUCCUCCAACCCCAAUUGACAGGACGCCGGUCAUCGACUUUGAUUCCCAACAAGAAUCUAAAUUAAUCAGCGCCUUCGGAGUAAAAAAAUGGGAAGGUCUGAGGGCACGCCAGGGCCUGCAACCUUGCCACUUCAUAUCCGCCGAGGCCAUGAAGAGAAUGGGGCUCUCCGUACCACUGAACAGCGAGCAGGAGAUCACUUGGUGGUCCCAAAUUCAGACUGAGCAGGCCAAGAAAGUUCGUUGCACGGUGGUGCCGUCCAUUCCACAGGGCAUCGAUCUUGCUUUUGGUACUAGCAGCGACGAUAAUCGGUUGGAGGCGCCGGGGGCCACUUACUCUCAAGCCGGCCCGAUUCAACAGGCCGAAACUGAAAUGGACGACACCCUCGAUUCUAACCUUCUCUUUCGUACGAAGAUUGCAUGUGAAAUCAUUCGCUGCGCUAUCCGCGAAGUAGUGGAUGGUGAUCCAAGUCCUACUCAGUCAAGCCUAACGGAACACGCGCGUGUUGCUGCCGAAGUAAUCCGCACUCCCAUGGAGAUUCUAUUGAAUAAUAAGAAAGACGACUCCCAUGGCCCAGGUGUGAGCUGUUAUAGUCGAACUCAACCGACUAGUGAAGAUUGA